UUUCUCGCGAGAUCCAUCAGUCGCGCACCACCCUCUCCCCCACCGACGCUCUCACACACGCUGUCACGCACGCACGACGCACCGACAAGCUGCCAGACGGACGAGAUUCAAAAAAUCGAUUUUUCUGUUUUGCGCGACAACUUUUGCUGGUCAGUGAAAGGAAAAAAGUUUUUGACGGUGAAAAGCGUGAGAAAAGUGGAAUUCGUGGACGAGCAUGGGCCGUUAAAUGAUCCCACAAGGAUCCGUAAUUCGGUGCCGUUUGGUUUAAAGUUUAUUACUGAUCCGGAAGAACCGCUGCGAACGAACGGACAGAACGGAAGAUGAGCAGCGAUGAGGAAGUCUUGGUAGGCGAACUGAAAGUGGUGUACGACUUUGUAACGCGCGCUAAGUUCCGCAAGGCAUUCGGGGCUCUGCAGAAGAUUCUGCAGCAAAAGACACCGGAACUGGCGGAGGCACCGCGGGCUGCUGCCGUGACCACCGCGGACAAGGACUCGCUCGAGGAGUUGCUCCUGUUCGUGGUCAGCAAGUACGCCGAUCAGCUGGAGCUGGAGGAAAAGUUCCAGCAGGUGUUUGAGGUGAUCGAACAGGGACUGGAACUGUUUCCGGAGCAUCCGGAGCUGCUGAACGAAACCGGAGUACGUCUGCAACGCUAUGGGCGCUCGCUAGAGGCAUCGAUCUGCUUCGAGCGAGUUCUUCUGCAGGAUCCCAAAUAUCUUAAGGCAUAUCAAAAUCUUCAGAACACCAAAUGUGAGCUGGUCGAGCGAUGGCACUUCCGAAUGUUGAACGACGAGGUGCGCAACGCCGCCUACCGGGCGGCCAUCGAGAACCAAAUCAAAGCCGGUCACGCCGAGGUGCUGGACAUUGGAACCGGGACGGGGUUGCUGUCGUUGUAUGCGUUGAACUGCGAAGGCAUCCGGAAGGUUGCUGCUUGUGAUGGUUCGGAGAUUAUGGUGCAGAUAGCGCGGGAUGUCUUCGGGGCGAAUGGGUUGAGCGAUCGGAUUUGUCUGUUCCAGAGUUUCUCACAGGAUUUGAAGAUCGGGGAUAAGUUUUCGCUGAUUGUGACCGAAACGCUGGAUUCGGGGGCUUUCGGAGAAGGAAUCUUGGAGACGUUGAUACACGCGAAGAAGAGUCUGCUACUUCCGGAGGGGAGGAUCAUUCCUAGUCAGGUGAUUUUGUACGUGUCCGGGUAUAGGUCACGUGCACUAACCGCAAGCAAUAUUCUGAUCAACGAAGCUUUUAGCAGUGAUUUUAAUCUACCGAGCAAUUGCUUGAUUUCACGCGAGGGAAUCAAGUGCUAUGACGCGGAGGAUGUAAGUAGAAUUAAGGCAAAUGAUGACUUUGAGUUCGUCACGGAUACCGUUCGGACGAUGACUGUCGAUUUUAAUGAUCUCGAGUGCUUGGAAAGAUGUCAGAAUGGGCUCGAGGAGUGCAAAUUCGAGCUUACUUGUUUGGAUGAUGGUAUUUUAGAUGGUUUUGUGGUUUGGUUUGAUCUUAUGUUGGAUGAAGAGAACAAAAUCAGUACGGAUCCAACGACCAACACAUGCUGGAAUCAAGCAAUAUUCAAAUUGAACCAAAGGCUCCCCGUCAUCAAGGACCAGCAACUCCCCUUGGCAAUGUCUUGUAAGGACGGAGCCUUAGCCAUAUCUCAUAAUCUCAAUUCCAUGGAUAAUCAAAUCUGCAUCGAUGAGCACGUAUUGGAGUUUCUCAACGACUCCGAAUAUUACACAAAAUUAAUCACUGAUCUUGAAGAUCUAGACGAUCUAGAGAAGGUCCUCGAUCUUUCUCUUUUCCCCUAUGCGGGAUUAAAACUUCUCAAAGAAGGAAAAACCUCCAUGCUGUUCUGCUUGGACAGAGCGGAAGACCUCAUUGAGUUCAUCGCCAAUCAAAACGACAUUCCAAUGUCUGCCAUAAUGCUGCUAAGCUCCCUACCUGAAGCAUUCCUCCUCAACGAUUACACCCUGGAUCUAAUCAUUCUCCAAGCAGUAGACGUAUUCGGCCAGAUCAACAGCGAACACUUCUGCCAGUAUCAAUCCCUCUUCCCAAAACUCAAACCCACCGGAUCGAUCGUCCCUUCGCAAGUUGAGCUCCACAGCAGCCUAAUCCAUUCCAAUUGGAUCGUCAAGUGCUGCCGCGUCGAGAAUCCAGAACUCCAUCAAUUCCAUAUCGAUCGCUAUCUGUCAACACUGGAAACUGAGAACCAUCUCGAUCUGGGUCCCUUCACCUACGAGAAUCUCUCCGAACCGACCAAGCUGGCCGAGGUGCACUUCGACGGGAAGCUUCACGAGGUGAACACGGAGUUGACCCUCAUCGAACCCCAAGACCCGGAACAUAUCCACGCCAUAUUGUACUACUAUCAGAUCGAAUUUCUGCCGCAGAAGGAAUCCCUCAGCACCCAUCGGGCGCAGAGCUUCGCCAAGCAGUCGGCUUUUAUCAUUCCCAAAGAUGCAUUCCAGCGUAAGGAGAAACCGGAUGGAGAUGGCGGCGAGGAACCACCCAAAGUGGACAAAGUCAGCAUCAACAUAGUGCAGAAUCAUGGAGUUAUCAAGUGCGAUCUGCUUGACUGUCAGUAGGAACGAUGUUCUAUAUACAUUUAAAAUUAUUAUAUACAGUACCCCCUAACCUAUAUAUACAGAGCAUCGCGUAGAUAUUAAAAAGAAUACACUCGCACUUCUUUGCAACACAACAAGUGAUGAUUGAAACACUUUGAGUCCCCCGUGACCCAGAGAUAUUGAAGAGAAUUGAAUUAUAGUCAUUUUUAGAGACGCAACAACAAGCAAGUCAUUACCCCAAGCAACACAUACACUUUCUGAGGACCCUACCUACCUAGAGUACCUGUAGUAUAUUGCAGAAUAGAAGAA